UUUUCAGAUUUCUUAAUUGAUUUAAUUUUGACGAAUUCUUCAAUGCAGAGUGGACGAAGAAAAGCUCUAUUAUCUCUCCUUAACAUUAUUACUGAAGAUCUACAAAUUGAAGAGUUGACAUCGAUUGCUGACGCCAAAAUUUUGAUUCCAAUUCUUAUUAAAUUCAACAAUUCUGGCGAUCUUCGGUUCAUUGCUAAUGAUGUUGAUUUUCGUAGCGCUGUAGACUUUAUCAGAGAUGAGAUGGGCGAUAGCUUUGUUGAAUGUCUUGAGCCUGAUUUGGCUGAUAAAGGUGAUCAACAUGCAAUAGAGUGUUUUUUGUUGGCUUUAAUUUACGUUCUUCGGAUAAAACAUGAUGAAAAGUUUUUGGGGCUUUGUUCGAGACUUGAUGAAAAUGAUAACAUACAAAUUGCUUGGAUGAUAGAAAAAUUGGAUAGCUUUGGACAUUUCUCUGUCAUUCCUUUUCACGAACUUUUGCCUUCACUUAAUGACAAAGAGAACACAAAUCCAACUGGUUUCAGCACUCCUUUGCGAACGGUUAGUGAUGUAAACGUUUCACGAUCUUGGAAAACUCUUCCAUGUGAACGACGACGCCCGUGCCUUUUAAAUUUUGAAGAAUCUCCUGUCAACAAAGUUCUUGGUUCUCCACGUGGAGAGGAUGUUUCUCGUAUUUAUGCUCUCAGACAAGAGGUAAAACGGUUAAAAGAAUUUGCAAUCUCACUUGGAAGAGAAAAGGAUCAACUUGAUGAUUUAUAUAGUUUGCAAAGCAAGGAACUUAAUGAGAUUAAAGGAGAAAAUGAAUGUCUCCAAGGUUGCAUUUCACGUCUAUUACCACAGUCUGAACGCGUUGCCUUUCUAGAGGAUAGAGUAUUGCAGUUAGAUUCUGAAAAUGCUCAAUUUUCGAAAAGUUUAAUAGCUGAGAAGAACAGAAAUGCUAAAAAUGAAGCAACUUUGGGUGAAAUUAUAUUCCAACGGGAUGAGGCUCUUCAAAAAGUUGAUUUGUUGAUUGAUCAAUUGAAACACUUACAAAAUGAAUACGAGAAAGCUUUGAGAAGGGGAAAUGAUGAAUUACAAAUGCAUGAACAAUCACGAAAGUUACUUCUUGCUUCCGAGAAGAAAUGGAGUAAUGAAUUUUCAGCUUUGCAGGCUAAGCUCUCUGAAGCUUAUUCAUCACUGGAACAAGAUCGUAAAUUCAAAUUGGAGAAUGCUGAGUUGAAGGAGUAUGAGCGUGAUGAGCACAUUUUGUUCCUUAAUCAAAGCCUAGAAAAGGAGGAGGAGGCUAAAAGGCAAUUGGAAGUUUCUUUAGUUGAAAGGGACGAAAAAAUUUCACAUCUGAAUGAUUUGGCUGGAAAAAGAGCAAAGCAAGUUGCAGAAUUGCAAACAUAUCAUGAUUUGUAUAUUAAAUUAAAGCGGGAAGUUUCUGAAUAUAAACGGGCUUCUGAAGCUUGUCUUUUUGACAUAAGUAAUCAUGGAAUAUUCACUAAUUAUGACAAGCCACAUAAAAUUGAAUGUUUAAUGCGUGAACAAACUUUUCUUUUCAAUCAAAAAAAUGAAGCAAAUUCUACUGAUGAAAAUUUUCAAUCAAAAAAAAUAUUUCUUGAUAUUUGA